AUGCGUGCCUCAAUCUUCGUCACCCUCCUCGCCUCUGCGGUCUUCUCCUCUGCCCUCGCCAUCCCAGCACCUAACGCUGUCGCCGCUACCUCCUCCGGCUGUGAUGGCUUGGGCGGUAUCCUUGGUGGCUUGACCGGCUCCUGCAAUACUGCGUCUGCGGAUGGUAGUGGUGAUGGUAACUCCGCCGGCAACGGUUCAGGCAGCGGAAACGCAUCAGGAUCAGGCAACGGCUCCGGCUCAGGCGACGGCAACGGGAACUCAGCCGGCGACGGCGCAGGGUCGAACGAUGGCAACGGCAACGGAAGUGGCAACACCGGCAACAGCCUCGGCAACAUCAACGUAAGUCCCACCUUGACCCCGACCGUUAACGUCGACCUGAUCCUGACGACUUUACGGCUCGACCCUACUGUCUCACCGACCAUCAAUCUUCGACGAUAA